CGGACUUUCAUUCAUAUCUUUAGUUUCCUGUAAUGUUUUCAUUGUUUCUUUAAAUUUCAAAUACUCUUACUAUUAUAAUGGAGGUUUUCAAUAAGUUCUAUUCGUCUGUGACGAGUACAGUAUCACAAUUAUCGGGUGUAUUACCAGGAAAUCCAGUGACACGAGAAUUCGAAGCAACUCAGUUUAUAGCGAGCGCUGGGCCAGGUUUAUUAUGGAAAGUAUACAAAGGCUAUAAGAAAUCGACAAAGCAGGAAGCAUCAAUAUUCGUAUUUGAAAAGAAACAAUUGGACAGAUGGUCAAAAGCAGAUAGAGAUAUAAUGCUGGACAUUUUAAAACGCGGUAUCAUACAAUUGACGAAGCUACGACAUCCUCAAAUAUUAACAGUGCAACAUAGUUUGGAAGAGAGCAGAGAGAGUUUAGCAUUUGCUACAGAACCAGUGUUUGCCAGUUUGGCUAACAUAUUAGGAAAUACGGAAAACAUGCCACAACCUAUACCUAGUCAUUUAGUUAACUAUAAACUCUAUGAAGUAGAGAUCAAAUAUGGGCUUAUGCAAAUAACCGAAGGUUUAGCAUUCUUACACAAUGAUGUUAAACUCCUACACCAGAAUAUUUGUCCAGAGUCAAUAGUGGUGAACCAGCAAGGGGCUUGGAAAAUAUUUGGUUUCGACUUCUGUGUUUCCAACCAGAGUCCCCCAGGGGCUGCACCUUUUUGGCCAUUCAAUGAGUAUUGCCAAGCAAUGCCAGCUUUGACACAGCCAAGUUUAGACUAUUUAGCACCAGAGAAUAUAUUAUCUGCUUCACACUCGCCUGCAAGUGACAUCUACUCUAUUGGCAUGCUUGUCUAUGCUCUACAUAGUACAGGGCAUCAGACACUUGGCAACAUUGGUGGGGAUUAUUCCAAAUUUAAACGGUUUGCCAAUGAAAUGAGAAAUUUGCCAGCGUCAAGGCUGUUAUGUGUUGCAGAGGGAUUGAGAGAGUAUGUGAAACUUAUGUUGAAUAUUACACCAGAAUUACGACCAGAUCCACAUCAGUUUUUAAAGAUUCCCUAUUUUGAAGAUGUUGGUGUGAAAACAUUAAAUUAUUUAGAUUCCCUCUUCCAAUGGGACAAUCUGCAAAAGUCACAGUUCUAUAAAGGUCUACCACAGAUUAUACAGAAAAUGCCCCACAGGAUAUGCAUCUACCGAAUAUUGCCAUGUUUAACAAAAGAGUUUGUUAAUCCACCCAUGGUACCAUUUGUAUUACCAAAUGUUUUACUAAUAGCAGAAAAUUCAACAAAGGAAGAAUACAUAAAGUAUAUAUUACCAGUUUUAAAACCAGUCAUGUUAAUCCAAGAACCUAUACAAAUAUUGCUGAUAUUUAUGCAAAAAAUGGAAUUAUUGUUAAAAUUGACACCAGGGGAAGAAGUUAAAACUGAUAUUCUACCAAUGCUGUAUAGAGCAUUAGAGUCUGAUGCACAACAAAUACAAGAAUUGUGCCUGUCCGUGUUGCCAACAUUUGCAUCACUUAUUGAUUACCCGGCGAUGAAAAAUGCAUUAUUGCCGCGAAUAAAAAAAUUAUGUUUGCACACAAAUUAUUUAUCUGUUAGGGUCAAUUGUUUGCUGUGUUUGGGCAAGUUGUUGGAACAUUUGGACAAAUGGCUGGUACUGGAUGAAAUUAUUCCGUUCUUGCCUCAGAUUCCUUCUCGAGAACCAGCUGUAUUGAUGGGUAUCUUAGGCAUCUAUAAAUUAACGCUAAGUCACAAGAAACUUGGUAUCACAAAGGAAGUUAUGGCUACGAAAGUGCUACCAUUCCUCAUACCGCUCUGUGUUGAAAAUGGACUGACUUUGAAUCAGUUCAACGCUCUGAUAUCACUUGUCAAACAGAUGGUGUCGAAAGUCGAAGCGGAGCAUAGGACGAAGCUGGAGCAAUUGAAUUCCAUACAGAAUGAAUCCAAGGUAAUGGAGCACGCGUUGACCUCCUCCGACACGCUGGUAUCAGCCCCCGGGCCACAAACGGACAUAGACAAGAUGUUCUCCGGGCUCGGCAUAGAUCCAUUCUCAUUCAGCAAACCAGCGGAAAGGGAAACAGUGCCCGGUGUUAGUGAGAGUACAUCGCUGAGUAUGGAGGACAAGCAACGACUAGCGCAGCAACAAGAAACAGCUCGAAAAUUCUCCCGACAACCGCCGCCAACGGCUAUCCCCACCCCUAAGCCCAUCCCCCCACCACAAUCCCAAACCAUUGAUUUAACCAGCUCCCUCCUACAGUCCAAUCUCACCCAGCUGACCAAACCAAUCCCAUCACAAACCAAUCAUUCAACCAUGGGACACAUGGGUGGUACGAAUUUAUUGGGUAAUACCAGUCCAAAUAAUAACAGUUUUCCAAUGAGUCGGAAUCCAAUAAAUUUAAUGGGUAACGUAGGUAAUAGUAAUAUAGGUAAUACAAUUGGAACGCACGUGGGUAAUAAUCAAACAAGUUCAAUGGGUAGUAAUCUGAGUAGUAAUACAAUGGGAAGUAAUCUGGGUAAUAAUCAAAUUGGUAACACAAUGGGUAAUAAUCUGAGUAGUAAUAAAAUGGGUAGUAAUCUGGGUAACACUUCAAUUGGUAAUACAAUAGGUAACAGCAACAUGGGUAAUAAUGGAAUGGGUUACGCGUUUCAAAGUCAAUUAGCAUUACCGCCAAGUACGGGCUGGAACAAUAAUGCGCCGAGCGGUAAUUUUAAUAAUAAAUGGGCGGGAAAUCAAAAUAUGAAACAGGAUUGGUCGGCAUUUGAAUCUCUAUUGCCGAGUCAAACUCAAAAUAAUAGUAGUAGCAAUAAUGACACAAAGAAACUGAGUAACAGUGAAAUGAUGGAUUUACUUGGUUAGUGUAGCCGUCCGUUUGUUGAUAUUAAGUUUCAAAUAUGUUUCCGCUGUCAAUAAAUACGAUUAUAUUAUUACAUUAGCAGCACAACAUUCUCUUAGCAGCUGUUCUUAUAUUCACAUUCUAGAAUUUUGUUUUGAAAUUAUUAUUAUUUUAUAUAU